AUGUUGCAGGGCUCACGCCGCCUCGCCAGCUGCCUGUGGGGGUUCCGCUCAGUCUCAGCAGGAUUACACACCUUCAACAAGAUGAAUUCUGUUAUGGUCAAGCGAGUCACUAAUGACAUUGUCAAGUCCCAUGAAGACAAGCGGGAAUAUCGGGGAGUUGAAUUAACCAAUGGAAUAAAAGCAGUCUUGAUAAGCGAUCCUACAACUGACAAAUCUUCAGCUGCUCUUGAUGUUUACAUUGGAUACUUGUCUGAUCCUGAAAACAUCCCAGGUCUUGCCCACUUUUGUGAACAUAUGCUUUUCUUGGGUACAGAGAAGUACCCCAAAGAAAAUGAGUAUACCCAGUUCCUCAGCGAGCAUGCAGGGAGUGCCAACGCCUUUACUAGUGGAGAACAUACAAACUACUAUUUUGACGUGUCUCAUGAGCAUCUUGAGGGAGCCCUAGACAGGUUUUCCCAGUUUUUCCAGGCUCCUUUGUUUGAUGAGAACUGUAAGGAUCGUGAAGUAAAUGCUGUGGAUUCUGAACAUGAGAAGAACCUGAUGAAUGAUGCCUGGAGGCUUGCUCAGCUGGAGAAAGUCACUGGGAACCCCAAACAUCCAUUCAGUAAAUUUGGAACAGGCAAUAAGCUCACUCUUGAAGCACGGCCUACACAGGAUGGAAUGGAUGUCCGUGAAGAACUGUUAAAGUUUCACUCUACUAAUUAUUCAUCAAACCUCAUGUCUAUUUGUGUGCUAGGCAGAGAAACUCUGGAUGAAUUGACAGAUUUGCUGGUAAAGCUGUUUGCAGAGGUAAAGAAUAAAAAUGUUCCUGUCCCAGAGUUUCCUGAAAAUCCCUUCACACAGCAAUACCUCAAGAAAAUGUACAAAAUCGUGCCUAUUAAGGAUAUCAGAAACCUCUAUGUUACAUUCCCAAUUCCUGACCUCCAGAAAUAUUAUAAAUCCAAUCCUGGUCACUACCUCGGACAUCUCAUUGGGCAUGAAGGGCCUGGAAGUCUUCUUUCUGAACUGAAGUCUAAAGGAUGGGUCAACACUUUGGUUGGAGGCCAGAAGGAAGGUGCCAAGGGAUUCAUGUUCUUCAUUGUAAAUGUGGAUCUGACCGAAGAGGGCUUGUUACAUGUUGAAGACAUCAUUUUGCACAUGUUUCAGUACAUGCAUAUGCUGAGAUCAUCAGGACCCCAAGAAUGGGUCUUUCAGGAAUGCAAGGACCUAAAUGCUGUUGCUUUUCGGUUUAAAGACAAGGAGCCUCCACGUGGGUACACAUCAAAGCUUGCUGGAUUAUUGCAUUAUUACCCCAUAGAAGAGGUUCUGGCAGCUGAGUAUCUACUGGAGGAAUUUAGGCCAGAUUUAAUACAAAUGGUGCUUGAUAAGCUUACGCCAGAGAAUGUCAGGGUGGCAGUUGUAUCCAAGUCUUUUGCAAGCCAGACUGACAAGACGGAAGAGUGGUACGGUACACAGUACAAGGAGGAGGGCAUCCCUGCAGAGGUUAUUGAUAAAUGGCAAAAAGCAGAAAUAAAUGGAAAAUUUCACCUCCCUAUGAAAAAUGAAUUUAUUCCCACACAUUUUGAGAUCUUCCCUAUGGAGAAGGAUGCCACCCCAUUCCCAGCCCUCAUCAAGGACACUGCAAUGAGCAAAUUAUGGUUCAAGCAGGACGAUAAAUUCUUCCUCCCUAAAGCCUGCCUCAACUUUGAGUUUUUCAGCCCAUUUGCUUAUGUGGAUCCUUUGCAUUGUAACAUGGCCUAUUUGUACAUUGAACUGCUUAAAGAUUCUCUCAACGAGUAUGCAUAUGCAGCAGAGCUAGCCGGCCUGAACUAUGACCUCCAAAAUACCGUCUAUGGGAUGUAUCUCUCUGUAAAAGGUUAUAAUGACAAGCAGCACAUCUUACUAAAGAAGAUCAUUGAAAAAAUGGCCACUUUUGAAAUAGAUGAAAGGCGAUUUGAGAUUAUAAAGGAAGCGUACAUGCGGUCUCUAAACAACUUCCGGGCAGAGCAGCCUCAUCAGCAUGCCAUGUAUUACCUGAGAGUGCUGAUGACCGAAGUGGCCUGGACCAAAGAUGAGCUAAGAGACGCACUAGAGGAUGUUACACUACCCCGGCUGAAGGCUUUCAUUCCUCAACUACUUUCCCGGCUACAUGUAGAAGCUCUUCUCCAUGGAAAUAUCCUGAAAAAGACAGCACUAUCUAUUAUGCAAAUGGUGGAGGACACGUUGAUUGAGCAUGCUCACACGAAGCCUCUUCUCCCGAGCCAGCUAGUCCGAUACAGAGAAGUACAGCUCCCUGAUAAGGGAUGGUUCGUAUAUCAGCAACGGAACGAAGUUCACAACAAUUGCGGUAUUGAGAUCUAUUACCAGACCAACAUGCAGAGCACAUCAGAGAAUAUGUUUCUUGAGCUGUUCUGUCAGAUUAUCUCAGAGCCCUUCUUUAACACAUUGCGCACCAAGGAACAGCUAGGUUACAUUGUGUUCAGUGGCCCUCGAAGGGCAAAUGGUAUCCAAGGCCUGAGAUUUAUCAUACAGUCUGAGAAGCCACCUCACUACUUAGAAAGCCGAGUGGAGGCCUUCCUGAAGACAAUGGAGAAAUCUCUGGAGGAGAUGUCUGAUGAGGCUUUCCAGAAACAUGUCCAGGCUCUGGCCCUGCGACGACUGGACAAGCCAAAGAAACUGUCAGCUGAGUGCGCAAAGUAUUGGGGGGAAAUCAUCUCUCAGCAGUAUCACUUUGACAGAGACAAUGUUGAAGUGGCAUAUCUGAAAACCCUGACUAAGGAUGACAUCAUAAACUUUUACAAGGGCUUGCUAGCACUGGAAGCGCCAAGAAGACAUAAAGUCUCCGUUCAUGUGCUUGCCAGAGAGAUGGAUUCAUGUCCUGUUGUUGGGGAGUUUCCAAGUCAAAAUGAUGUCAACCUUGCACCUGCAACCCCUCCCUCAGUCAGCCUGAAGUCAUCAGUAACAUGCCAGAAUUCAAGAGGAGUCUACCUCUGUUCCCUCUCGUUAAGCCUCACGUCAACUUCAUGGCUGCAAAAUUAUGAUCCUUGUAAGAUCAGCAAGAUUCAGAAACCUACUGACACAUCUGUUUCCCAGUGGGGUUAG